AUGUCCUCCACCCUUACCAUAGAAGCUAAAGCCCACAAUCUCAACCCCGGGUGUUUGGAUGAUGUUCAGUUUCAAACAGAAUCACUUUUGAGGUUCUUCAAUCGAAAUCAAGCAACUCUUAUGAAUUCCAAUGACGCGAACCGACCGACCUUGGAAGCACGUGCCUGGGAGAAAGCUGUAACAUUGGUGAAGAUUUUGUCAGGCAAGCAGCUGUGGUGUGAGGAAUCCCAGUGGCUCCAUCCCACAAGGAUCUGGGUAUACACCGACAUGUUGCAAGUCAUGGGGGGGCCCUUGGUCGAUUGGAACAGACUCUAUGCAGUCCCACCCACCACCACCACCCCUACGUUCUUCAUGGAAGGUUAUGACGGCCCCUCUCCCCCCAUUCCUCCCAUUAUGUCAACCAUUUCUACAUCGGCAAAUUCGUCACUCCCAGCCCAAUCUUCACUGCCCCCAAUAUUGGCAGACACACAAGCGUCAUCUGUCCCGAUACCGAAUUCGUCGCUCCCAGCCCUGCCCCCAAUAUCGGCAGACACAUCUGUCCCAUUACCGAACGCUCCCCAACGCCAAUCAACUCCAGAAGCUGGCCCAGCACCAGAAAAGAAGCCAGCCGAGCCCAAACCUCAACAAAGUCGAGCAAAACCCGAGGCCGGCACGAGCAACACCUUUGCGGGCUCAUCUGGAAGCUUCACAGUAGGCCAACUUGGGCCCAACUUUGAUUCCCAUGUGCUUCAAACCCUGUGCACAAUUGUGAAAGUAGUUGUUGUCCUGAGGGCACAAAAAAAGAAGAAUGAAGUGGGUCAGACUCAACACACACAUGCAUUGACCAAGAUCGAGGAUGUUGAGGCCCGCCAGGAUCUGGCAAUGGCAGAUUACAAUGAAUCUCAUUCCCAACUGAUCACACUCAGAUUGGCAGAAAACAAUUCGGUUUUUCUUCUGUUGAACCUUGCAGACACAUAUUGUAAACCUACUCACCUCAGGCGUGCCAUUGGUAACUCUUUGGACAAUCACAGGGGUCAGCCUAGACUCUCGGGCUCCAGCUGUGGCCCCUGGUCCCAGCAGUCCACCAUCAUCAGCCACACAGCCACCCCACCAGAUUGGGACACAAGGGUCAACGCAAAAACCAUGUUUGUUCUCUCCACUCAUCUUUCCCUCCCUCCCCUCUGA